AUUAUCAUCCACCAUUAGUCCAUUUCCCCCCUUCUUUCUCUUUCUCUUUCUCUUCUUACUUCAUCAAUUCAAACAAUCAAUCCUCCACAAUACUCUGCCUCCCUCUCUCUCUCCCCACUCUUUCUCUCUCUUCUAGAGAAAAACCCAACUAGCUCCUCCAUUUUUCUGGGGAAUACGGCCCGAUUUCCCCCUCUUCCCACCUCUCCCCAUUAGUACUGCAGUUCCCAACUGAGAACAAAAACCAGAAGAAAGAAUGGGAACCCAAGUCCUCUGUUUCCCCCUGUAAAACUCAUAAUCAGUAAGUCUCUCUCUUUACUCUGCUCCAGUAGGGGAAAAAGAAGCUCUUCCCCAGCAAUUACUAGAGAUUUCUCCCUUCUCUACCGGAAUUCAUCUUCUGGAAAAACAGGGGAAAGCUCGCUAAAAAGAAGAAGAAGAAGAAAUAUCCCAUGGAGUGACUUCAAAGGAUAAUCAAAAAAGCUUUGUAACAAGAGACAAACGUCAGCUGACCUCUUGAAAACGCUGGCAAUCCUCAAUUAUUUUGGAUUGGAGUGGCCUUUAUUAGGUGACAAAGGGGAGAAGGUUCAAUUGCCAGAAGAGUGGUCGGCAGCCGAAAAUUACCAUUACAUCCCUCAACUUAUCACAAUAUGACGAACCACCCCUUGCUCAUUUCCCUCUUCAGUUCGAUUUUGAUACUCUCCUCAAUUUUCCCGCCAUCCUCAACCGCCAUAACGGAAACGGAAGCUCUGUUGCAGUUCAAGUCUCAUCUCAAGGACCCUUUGAAUUUCCUUAGCUCAUGGAGCAAAGAUUCCCAAUCUCGCUGCAACUUUACGGGGAUCGCGUGCGAUCCGGUUUCCGGCCAGACUACGGGGAUCUCGUUCGAUGAUAAGGCACUCUCAGGGGAGAUUUCUCCGGUGAUCUCAAUGCUCUCCGGCCUGACAACCCUCUGGCUUCCGAGUAAUUCACUCUCAGGGAAGAUUCCACCGGAGAUCGCCUGGCUGAAGAAUCUCCGGGUGCUGAAUUUGACAGGGAAUAAUCUGGUCGGCGAGAUCCCGGACCUAUCUUUCCUGACGAGAUUGGAGGUUCUGGAUCUGUCACUCAACUUCUUCUCCGGCAGGAUUCCGGCGUGGGUUGGGAAUUUGACUUCAUUGACAAUGCUGGCAUUGGGACAGAACGAGUACUUCAAAGGUGAGAUUCCGGCGAGCAUUGGGAAUUUGAAGAAUCUAACUUAUCUCUUUCUGGCGAAUUCUCAUCUCACCGGUCCGAUCCCCGAUUCGAUUUUCGAGCUGGAAGCUCUGGGGACUCUGGAUCUAUCAAGGAACAAGAUCACCGGCGAGUUCCCGAAAUCGAUUGUCAAGUUACGAAGCCUUUUCAAAAUCGAGCUUUUCGACAACCUGCUCACCGGAGAGAUCCCUGAGGAGCUCGGAAACCUGACACAUUUAAGAGAGCUGGACAUCUCUGCCAACGAAUUACACGGAGAGAUUCCGGCGAGCCUCGGGAAACUGGAAUUUACCGUUUUCCAGGCCUAUGAGAAUCACUUCACCGGGGAAAUCCCACCUGGGUUUGGAGAAAUGCGCAGCCUGAUUGGAUUCUCUGUAUACAGAAACAACUUCACCGGAGAAUUCCCGGCGAAUUUCGGCAGGUACUCUCCUCUCAACAGCUUCGACAUCUCCGAAAAUCAAUUCUCCGGAAACUUCCCAAAGUACUUGUGUGAAGGUCAGAACUUACAGUACUUGCUGGCACUGGAGAACAGUUUUUCCGGCGAAUUUCCGGAUUCCUACUCCAAGUGCAAAUCUCUAAUGAGAUUCCGAAUCAACAACAACAGAUUCUCAGGAGAGAUUCCCGACGGAAUCUGGGCGAUGCCAUUCGCUGUGAUCAUCGACGUCAGUGGCAACAACUUCACCGGUGGAAUCUCCCCUGAAAUCGGCUUCUGUUCCAACCUGAACCAGUUGAUUCUGUUCAAUAACAAAUUCUCCGGCGAGAUCCCAUGGGAAAUCGGUAAUCUGGCCAACCUCGAGAGGCUUUACCUAAACAACAACGACUUCUCCGGCUCAAUUCCUUCCUCGAUCGGGAAUCUGAAACAGCUUUCAUCGCUCCAACUGGGGAAGAAUUCGCUCACUGGACCUAUCCCAUCGGAGAUCGUAGAAUGCACCAAACUAGUAGACCUGAAUCUCGCCGGCAACUCUCUCACCGGGCGAAUCCCAAACGGAUUCUCAAACCUCAUCACUCUCAACUCCUUCAACCUCUCCCGAAAUCAGCUCACCGGACCGAUCCCAGACGAUCUCGGCACCCUGAAGCUCAGCUUGCUCGACCUCUCCGAAAAUCAGCUAACCGGGAAAAUCCCACCCUCCCUCCUCUCCAUGGCAGGGGAGAAAUCCUUCGCCGAGAACAGAGCACUCUGCAUCGAAAAUCCAGUCGCCGGAGGCGGUUCACCGAUGAUCAGCGUCUGUACAGGGAAAGAAAACAGAGGAGAAGGGAAGAGCUCUGGAUCAUUAAAGCUCGCAUUGUUCACCGCCGCUGCAGUAGCUCUAGUCCUCACUCUAGCCUGGCUUCUAUUCGCGAGCUACAUGAACUUCAAGCACGAAUUGUCCGAUUCGGAGCUCGGCCUGGAGAGGGAUAAGAAGAAGGAAGAAGAAGCAGAGCCGAAAUGGAACGUCUCGUCGUUCCAUCAAGUCGAAAUCGAGGCCGACGAGAUAACCAAUUUGGAAGAAGACAAUGUGAUUGGCUCCGGAGGUGCAGGGAAAGUGUACCGCUUGGAAUUGAACAAGAAGGGAAUCACGGUAGCCGUGAAGAAGCUAUGGAAGGGAGAUGGGUUGAAGUUCUUCGCCGCGGAAAUGGAGAUUUUGGGGAUGAUUAGGCACAGGAAUGUGGUGAAGCUCUACGCUUGCUUGUUGAAGGGUGGAUGCAGCUACUUGGUGUACGAGUACAUGCCGAAUGGGAACCUGUUCGAGGCGAUUCAUAGGAGGAUCAAAGGCGGGAAGUUGCCGGAGCUGGAUUGGGUUCAUAGAUACAGAAUUGCCCUCGGUGCCGCGAAAGGGAUUUCGUAUCUACACCAUGAUUGCUCCCCUCCUGUUGUUCACAGGGACAUCAAGUCGAGCAAUGUGUUGCUCGACGAGGAUUACGAGGCGAAGAUCGCGGAUUUCGGUGUGGCGAAGCUUGCUGAGGUGACUCAUGAUCGGCAAGGGUGUGAUCAUAGUUGCUUUGCUGGUACUCAUGGCUACAUUGCUCCCGAGAUGGCGUAUUACCUAAAGGUGACAGAAAAGAGCGAUGUGUACAGUUUCGGGGUCGUGCUCCUCGAGCUCGUGACGGGGAAGAAACCGAUCGAGGACGAUGAGCACGGGGAAGGCAAGGACAUUGUGUCGUGGGUAUCCAGUCAUCUCACGAACAACGAGAAUGUCGUCAGGAACGUUCUUGACGGUGCAGUGGCCACUGAUGAAGUCGUUCGAGACGACAUUCUACGAGUGUUGAAAAUCGCGCUCCUCUGCACCACCAAGCUGCCGAAUCUGCGGCCGACGAUGAGAGAUGUGGUGAGGAUGCUUGUUGAUGCUGAGCCCUCGUCGGCUGCUGUGGGUGCUGAUCAUGUGGACGAUGUAGAGAAAGGUUACUAAGAAUGUACUUAAAUAAAAUUUUAGGGUUUUGAUUGGGUUUUGGUAGUAUUUGUUUUAGUGUGUUAUAUAUUAGUGAAUUCACUACCUUCCAUCGGCAAUUAUAGAUUCAUUGAUGCUGUUGCUCUGUAUGUAUAUCUAGUAGCCUUCAUUGGUACUACAAUCUCAACACCCAUUUUAAAGCAAGAAAACCAGUUAUAUGGGAACUCCUGUUUGUAUUUUCUUCCUCUCACUAUGAUUAAAAUCCCUAAGGUUGUUUAGCAAAGAUGAAC